CGCCUGCCCGGGGCGCGCUGAAUGACCGGCCGGGGAGCGUUUGCUCGGCAGCACCGUCCGCCUGUGCAGAAGAGAUUGCUGGCUCCCGGGCCGCCGCGCCCCAUGCCCUUGGAGCAGCGCUUUGGCCAUGGAGGGCUGGCUCCGGCUCCUUGCACUUCUGGGCUGCUCCGCGGUAGCUGCAGGACUGAGCAGUGUUGUUGGAGUUGGGUCCCACUGCGAAAAAGCAUGCAACCCUCGGAUGGGAAACCUAGCCCAUGGACGGAGAUUGUGGACAGAUACCACAUGUGGGCGCAACUCCACUGAGUUGUACUGUUCAUACAGUGAGAAUGCAGACCUAACAUGCAAGCAGCCCAAGUGUGACAAAUGCAAUGCUGCUCAUACCCAUCGGGCUCACCCGCCCUCUGCCAUGGCCGACUCUUCCUUCCGAUUGCCUCGCACGUGGUGGCAGUCAGCUGAGGACAUGCACAAGGAGAAGAUCCAGCUGGAUUUGGAAGCUGAGUUUUACUUUACUCACAUAAUCAUGGUUUUUAAGUCACCAAGGCCAACUGCCAUGGUUCUGGAGCGAUCCCAGGAUUUUGGGAAAACAUGGAAGCCUUACAAGUAUUUUUCUACUAACUGUUCAGCAACCUUUGGUCUGGACGAUGAUGUGACAAAGAAAGGAGCAAUUUGCACUUCAAGAUACUCAAGACCCUUUCCUUGCACUGGGGGAGAGGUUAUAUUCCGAGCUCUGUCACCACCUUACUCGGCGGAGGACCCGUACAGCGCUGACGCUCAGGCACAGCUGAAGAUCACCAAUCUUCGAGUGCAGCUGCUUAAGCGGCAGGCCUGUCCCUGUCAGAGCAAUGACCUGAAUGCAAAGCCUCAGCAGUCCCAACACUAUGCAAUCUAUGAUUUCAUUGUAAAGGGGAGCUGCUUUUGUAAUGGCCACGCUGAUCACUGUGUACCUGUUGCGGGAUUUAGACCUGUCAAGGCGGCAGGAGUCUUCCAGGUGGUCCAUGGAAGGUGCAUGUGUAAGCACAAUACAGCAGGUCUUCACUGUCAGCAUUGUGCUCCGCUCUACAAUGACCAGCCCUGGCAGGCUGCAAAUGGCAAAACUGGAGCCCCAAAAGAAUGCCGAUCAUGUAAAUGUAAUGGGCAUGCUGGCACUUGUCAUUUUGACAUGGACGCAUGGCUGGCCUCAGGGAAUCGCAGUGGUGGUGUCUGUGAUAAUUGUCAACACAACACUGAAGGACAGCACUGCCAACGUUGCAAGCCAGGCUUCUACCGAGAUCUCAGAAGGCCUUUCUCUGCCCCAGAUGCCUGCAAAUUGUGUUCCUGCCACCCGGUUGGAUCAGCCUUGCUUCCUUUCAGCACUAAUACCUUCUGUGACCCCAGCAAUGGUGACUGCCCCUGCAAACCUGGAGUGGCAGGUCCUCAGUGUGACCGGUGCAUGGUGGGGUAUUGGGGCUUCGGAGAGUAUGGCUGCAGACCAUGUGACUGUGCUGGAAGCUGUGACCCCCUGACUGGUGACUGCAUCAGCAGUGCAGAUAUAGUCUGGCAUCAUGAAAUUUCUGAUUUCCGUUCUGUGUUUAAUGAGAGUGAGCCAACAUGGGGAUGGGAGGAUGAACAAGGAUUCUCUGCUCUUCGGCAUUCAGGUAAAUGUGAAUGCAAAGAACAAGUUUUAGGGAAUCCCAAGGUCUUCUGUGGAAUGAAGUACACAUAUGUGGUGAAAGCAAAGAUUUUAUCAGCUCAUGACAAAGGCUCCCAUGCAGAAGUAAAUGUGAAGAUCAAGAAAGUGUUGAAAUCAACCAAGUUUAAGAUUCUGCGAGGAAAGCGAACUCUCUACCCGGAAUCCUGGACUAACAGAGGCUGCACUUGUCCAAUUCUUAAUCCUGGCUUGGAAUACCUUGUAGCGGGGCAUGAGGAGGUACGGACUGGGAGACUGAUAGUCAAUAUGAAAAGUUUUGUCCACCAGUGGAAAUCAGCUCUUGGAAGAAAAGUCUUAGAGAUUUUAAAAAGAGACUGCAACUAGAAGUGAACAACCAGGUACGGCAUUUCUUUAUGCAAACUUCACACACAAAAGACCUCUCCAAUGAAAACUGGAACAUCAGAAAAGAGUGCCCAAAUGUGUAGAUCAGUGUUCCAAGGCAGAGGCUCUGUCUAGUGUAACCCCUCCUGGUCAAUGGGUCAUGUAGUCUCCUGGAUCUUCAUUGGAAGGGUGCUCAUGUGACCUAAUGUUAAAUUAAAAAAAUAUAGGACCUGAUUUUCACCUCACAUAGCACAGUGUAAUUCUGGAGUAACUCUCUUGAAGACAGCGAAGUUACACCACUAUAAAAUUGUGAGGAGGAAAUCAUGCCCAUAAACUAAAGAGGAUGGACACAAAUUGCUGCCAUUUACACCCAUGUAAAUCCUGACUAACCUCAGUGAAGUUGAGGGAGCUCCCUGUAUUUACAUGGCUAUGCUCCGAGUGUAUGGCUUGACUGCAGUCAUUGGGAGUGGUUGCCAUUCAGGGCAAAAACACACAACUAACUUCAAUCUCCAUAGCUUAAAUCCUGGGCCAGUGGAGCUGUGGCAGCUCAUGGUUCAGCACAGGCUGAGCAAACCCGUCUUCAGAUCUGGAUUUGCCAGGCUUCUGACACUGAAGCUUGCACUGCAGGGGUGUUACUGCUCCAGGACCUGAGCUGGCGAGAUUAAAAUGAGAUUGGGUACGUCAGCUCAUGCUGUGAUCACUCCCCAGGAAUUAGGGUGGUCAUUUGUCCUCAUUAAUGCAGGACAGUCCUGUUUUGUGCUACUCUGCCCUCUGUCCUGUCGAUACAAAACAGGACACCUUUAUGUCUACUUUUCUUUUGAAACAAGAGGUGAAAAUAACCCAGUAAUGCGCUCUAGCAAGAAGUCGACUGACUGGGGUGCUCAGCUGCGGCUGAGCUGAUCCCUGCCGUUCUCCUGGGGCUCUCCUGCAGGCUACCUUGCUAAGCAGCAGAUAGCCAGAUAAGUGAAAGGGGCUUAGUCCAUAGCCCUUUUCCCCAGUGGCCUGGGCGGGGGCUGCAGCCGUGAGUAUUGGGUCUUCUUCCUCUUCCCCUGACUAUCAGGGAGUGAAGGGAAAAUUCUCAGCUUGUGCCAUCCUCUCGCUCCUGGCAGCAGAGGGGAGGAGAGAAGAGGAAUGCAGCAGGCUGUGAACUUUUGCCUCGCCACAGAGUCAGAGGAAGAAGAGUAGAAGUGACCCAGUAUGUAUGGCUGCAGGCCCCCCCACUCUCCCAAAAUGGCGCCCUUGCCCCUCCUGCACUCACCCCUACACCCUCAGCACCUCCACCCACAGCCCUGACUCUUGAACCCCCCACAACCCUCUGCCCUAGGCCCCCAUGCACUAAAUGCAACUGUCCUCUAUUCUUGAGAUACCUUGAUGGCCACCCUACCUAGGAUUGCAGGAUAGCCAUCCCCUAAGAUCAGUCUUUGGCUCAUUGCUACUCACAGCUUUCUAUAGAACUGGAGUUUAUGUUUGUAUCAGUGGGAGAGCUCCAUUGGCAACAUGUCAUUUGCAAUGCUCUUUAAUAGCACAAGGUCCCAUGUACCAUCAUCAAAAAGAGGUCCCAUGUGCCUUUAAAGGAAUGUGUAGGGUAUCAGCUAGGUUACUUAUAGGUGACGGGUCGAACAAUUUUUUUCAGUUACACCGGUGUGAACCCCCGUUGAAGUCAAUGGAAUGACUCUGUGUUUACACCAGCAUAACUAUGAGCCAAACACAGCUCUUCGUCAGCAACGAUGUUUUACUAAAGAGGGGCAGCGUAUGUGACGUUUUGGCCACAAAGUGUUAAAACUGAUCCUAUCCAAAUGUAAAUAUUUCAUUGUAUAAAGCACUUUACUACCUGCCACUUCAUUGUUUGUCACAUUUAAUUUUGCUGGAGAAAAGGGGUGAAGAUGGCCUACAAAACCCUAUUGAAACAAACACUCCAGGAGACCCCUAAAUGUGGACAAAAUUAAUGCUAAAAAGGGAAUAAUCCUCGUGUGGUCUUGGCACUGACCACUCAGAGAAUUCAAGGAUGCAAUCUGACAGAUAAUGUACUUGCACUGAGGUCCCAGCUUCAGAACAGCGUUUGGACCCCAUAGGUAUUGACUAUCCCUGAGACUUUGCAAACAACACAGGACAAGAAGCAAGAAUGCAAUUGCCAGAGGAUAAGAACUCUGCCUGCUAACAAAAAAAUGGACUUGUUAAGCGAAAAGGGUUGUUUCACAUAUCACAGCCCCAUUUUUCAUGGUGGACUUUGAGCUUAUUUUAUUUUCAAUGUUAGAAUUUAAAACUGAACAUUCAAUUUGUUUUCCCCCGUGUUUUUAUUUACAGCAGUAUAUAUGGCCAUUUUCCAUUUAAAUACCAAUGUAUGGGUCACCUCACUGUCGUUGCCAUUUUCAGCACUAGAUUAUACCUUUUCUGUAGCCCAUCUUUAAACCUCAGUUGAUAGCGUGUAUUCUGUUCAUGGGCAUGAGGAGGAAAAUAGGAGGAAUUGCAAUGCCAUAAAUAUUACAAGCCUGCCAAUCUGCUUCAUCAAUGUAUUUCUUUGCCAGGGUCCUCACAAAAAAUGAUGCUGUUUUGGUAAUCUGUUUUUAUAUCUCAUGUAUGUAAUAAAUAUGA